AGAGCUGUACGAUAUCUUUACCAUGACCUGGAGACUUUCAAACGUGGUGCUCCGGUCUCAGUUGGUGCAGGAAGCUCGUCAGGCGAUUUGGAAACGAUUGGAUUGUGGGAUCAUUGUGUGAAGAAAUGGGGAAUGGUAUUAACAAGGUUCUCCCCGGUCUUUAUCUCGGCAAUAUCAAAGAUGCACAAGACAAAGAGCUGCUAAAGGCCCAUAACAUCACCCACGUCCUGUCUAUCCACGACAAUGCCAGCCCCGUGCUGGAGGACAUCACGUAUCUCUGUAUAUCUGCAUCAGAUCACUCCAAGCAAAACCUGACGCAGUACUUUAAAGACAGCAUUAUAUUCAUCCAUGAGUCCAGAAUGAAAGGAGAAGGCUGCCUUGUUCACUGUGUGGCAGGCGUGUCCCGCAGUGUGACGCUGGUGGUGGCCUACAUCAUGACAGUGACGGGACGGGGGUGGGUGGAGUCUCUGGCUGCGGUCCGAGCGGCCAGACCCUGUGCUGGACCCAACCUGGGCUUCCUCCGACAACUGGAGGAGUUUGAGAACACUGAACUGGCACAAUAUCGUGAUUGGUGGAAGGACCGUUAUGGAAAGAACUUCUUCAAUGAUGAUGAGGAGGUCGCUCAACUUUUGAUAAAAAAAUAUCACAGCACCAGUGAAGGUGUGAUGACAAACAUAACACCUCGAUUAGCAACUUGAGUUUGUUUGUUUGACAAAAGUAUCGUGGUAAAGAUGCUCGUCUUGGACCAUUCAGAUCUGUGGCUAGCUACACAGGGGGACAAAACAGAGUAAAAAACCCAGCAAUGACACGAGAUCCUAAAGUCAUAUGAAUGGGGAAUUUUACAUGUCAAUAACUUGAAUCCCCAUUAGGUGUCAUGCCCUUGAUACUAACUGUCACAACAGCACGCAAGGCCAGUCAAGCGUAAGCCCUCUGCUGAGACCACACCAGAGGCUCAGAGCGUCUGCACCGUGUGAUGUGCUCCCAUUUCACAUGUAUAUAAACGCAGUCGUGAACUUGUGUGUGCUUUUUAUGUUCUUGUAUAUUUACUAAUUUAUCUUGUUUUAUU